CGGCAGUUGGGACCCCAUCCCCCACCACCUUUGGGUCCGCCUUCAUCUCCCAGGCCUUUAGCCUGUUCGGCCGCCUCAGUGUCCCCGACUUGGCCCCCUCCUGACUCUCCCCGUUUCGCUGGCCGUUUUAGAAGUUCCUUCUCCUGGACCCCUCCCGUUAUUCUUGAGCCGUCCACCCGGGGGGAAACCUGACUCCCCCGCGCCCAGGGCCGUCACCGCCUCCGCCAGAUCCAGCUCCCUCGGUUUUAUGCUCCCUGCCUAUCCCCAGUUAACCCCAAGGGCGCUUCUCCUAGUAUCCUUGACCUUCUCCAUGCCCCCUUCUUUCUUGCUUGUAACCGGUUCACCCAGCGUGGGGGCAUGACUUGGGUGAAAACCUUGCCUCAGGGACCCAGGGGCCCGCUGGACGCCUUCUCUAGUUUGGGAGUGUGGCCACCUGGAGAAGGUCAGGUUUCCUAAGACUCCUCUCUGCCUGGAUGGAUGACAGUGAUUUCUUCCCUAGCCUCCCUUCACCUGAGUGUGCGCCAAGAUGUCAUAUCUGCUCUGUGCAUCUCCUUCAAGGAGCCUCUGACCUCCCAAACCUGUUCCUAACUUGUCCCUCUUUGUCCUACCCCCUUGGUUAUUAAUCAUCAGUAUUUACUUCAUCUGGAAAAGUUGCUUUGCAAGUGCUUUUGUACAAAGCUGUGGAGUGAAGAAGUUGGUGACCUAGGAUCAGUGCACCUCCGGGACAUGGAGACUGUUGUUCGCCGCUGCCCAUUCUUAUCCCGAGUGCCUCAGGCCUUUCUGCAGAAGGCAGGCAAAUCUCUUUUGUUUUAUGCCCAAAACUGCCCUAAGAUGAUGGAAGUUGGGACCAAGCCAGCCCCUCGGCCCCUGUCCACUUCAGCAAUACACUGCCAGCAGGUCAAGGAAACCCCUCCAGCCAAUGAGAAAGACAAAACUGCCAAAACUGAGGUUCAGCAGGCUCCUGAUGGAUCCCAGCAGACUUCAGAUAGCACACAGCUUCCAUCUGGACACCCCUCCCUUGCCACGAGCCAGGGCACUGCGAGCAAAUGCCCUUUUCUGGCAGCCCAGAUGAGCCAGAAAGGCAGCAGUGUCUUUCGCAAAGCCAGUCUAGAGCUUCAAGAGGAUGUGCAGGAAAUGCAUGCUGUGAGAAAAGAGGUUGCCCAAACCUCAGUGAACCCCAGUGUGAUUAGCAUGAAGACUGAUGGCGGAGAGCCAAGUGGAUUGCUGAAGAACUUUCAGGAUAUCAUGCGGAAGCAAAGACCAGAAGGCGUGUCCCAUCUUCUUCAAGAUAACUUGCCAAAAUCUAUUUCCACUUUUCAAUAUGAUCGUUUCUUUGAGAAGAAAAUUGAUGAGAAAAAAAAUGACCAUACCUAUAGGGUUUUUAAAACUGUGAACCGAAGAGCGCACAUCUUCCCCAUGGCGGAUGACUAUUCAGAUUCUCUCAUCACCAAAAAGCAGGUGUCAGUCUGGUGCAGCAACGACUACUUAGGGAUGAGUCGCCACCCACGGGUGUGUGGGGCAGUCAUGGACACUUUGAAACAACAUGGUGCUGGAGCAGGUGGUACGAGAAAUAUUUCUGGUACUAGUAAAUUCCAUGUGGACUUGGAGCAGGAACUGGCUGACCUCCAUGGGAAGGAUGCAGCACUCUUGUUUUCCUCAUGCUUUGUGGCUAACGACUCAACUCUCUACACUCUGGCUAAGAUGAUGCCAAGCUGUGAGAUUUACUCUGAUUCUGGGAACCAUGCCUCCAUGAUCCAAGGGAUUCGGAACAGCGGGGUGCCAAAGUACAUUUUCCGUCACAAUGAUGUCAGCCAUCUCAGAGAACUGCUGCAAAGAUCUGACCCCUCAGUCCCUAAGAUUGUUGCAUUUGAAACUGUCCAUUCAAUGGAUGGAGCAGUGUGCCCACUGGAAGAGCUUUGUGAUGUGGCCCAUGAAUUUGGAGCAAUCACCUUUGUGGAUGAGGUCCAUGCAGUGGGGCUCUACGGGGCUCGAGGUGGAGGUAUUGGUGAUCGGGAUGGAGUUAUGCCAAAAAUGGACAUCAUUUCUGGAACACUUGGCAAAGCCUUUGGCUGUGUCGGAGGGUACAUCGCCAGCACAAGCUCCCUAGUUGACACUGUGCGGUCGUACGCGGCUGGCUUCAUCUUUACCACCUCCCUGCCACCCAUGCUGCUGGCUGGAGCCCUGGAGUCUGUGCGGAUCCUGAAGAGCGCCGAGGGGAGGACACUUCGCCGCCAGCACCAGCGCAAUGUUAAGCUCAUGAGGCAGAUGCUAAUGGAUGCCGGCCUCCCAGUUGUCCACUGCCCCAGUCAUAUCAUCCCUGUCCGGGUUGCAGAUGCUGCUAAAAACACGGAAGUCUGUGAUGAACUCAUGAGUAGACAUAACAUCUACGUCCAAGCAAUCAAUUACCCUACAGUGCCCCGUGGGGAAGAGCUCCUGCGGAUUGCCCCCACCCCUCAUCACACACCGCAGAUGAUGAACUAUUUCCUUGAGAAUCUUCUGUCCACAUGGAAGCGAGUGGGACUGAAACUCAAGCCACAUUCUUCAGCCGAGUGCAACUUUUGCAGAAGACCACUCCAUUUUGAAGUAAUGAGUGAAAGAGAGAAAUCCUAUUUCUCAGGCCUGAGCAAGUUGGUAUCCGCUCAGGCUUAAGUGUGUGAUGACCUCAGCUACUCUACUUAACCCCAUAUCGUAUCCACAUAGUCUCCAAAGUUAUCCUUAUAUGUGAAUUAAAUUAUAUUAAAUUUUAAUCUAUAGUAAAAGUAUAAUCCUGAAAUAAAUUCUUGUUUAUGUGAUG